UCAAAACAUGGUUGGAUCUCUACACCAACAAAUUAAAAAGAAAAAGAAAAAGUCUCCAACACACAAGCAAGAAAGAAACAUGACAGCCAACCACCCCUUACUUUCUAUCUCAAUAAAUUUUUCUUAUAAUUGAGCAAUCAUCCUCUCUAUGCAAUUUACCCUUUUUUUUUAUAAUUUUAUUUAAUUAUUUAAUUAUGUCCUAUGCAAAAACUCACCGGAUUUAGAGUAACAGCACACUUAUCUCUCUGGGGAACCCAAAAAGGGAGAUAUAACUCAAAAAUAAAACCCAUAAUUAAAAGUAAAAUAAAAACCGUCUUCGAUUUCUCUGCAGCCAAACAGUGAGAGAAGUUCAUUUCGACUUGGCCUUUCAAUUUCAAUGAAAAUUUUUCUCUAUAGAAACCCUCUCUCUUUCUGUGAUUGAAGUUGCUUCUGUUAUUGCGUUUUAAAGGAGGAAUUAUUAUUAUUAUUUUUUUGAGAGAGGGAGAGAAAGAGUAAUGGGUUGUGCUGGAUCGUCACAGGCUAAAGGAGAUGGGGUUGUGAAGAAGAUCCGGAAGCCAAAACCUUGGAAGCAUCCUCAGCCUAUAACAAAGUCUCAGCUUAUACAGCUGCGUGAUGAGUUUUGGGAUACUGCUCCUCACUAUGGUGGAAGGAAAGAGAUUUGGGAUGCUCUUCGUGCUGCUGCUGAAGCUGACCUAAACCUCGCGCAAGCUAUUGUGGAUAGUGCUGGUGUCAUUGUUCAAAAUGCUGAUUUGACAAUAUGCUAUGAUGAAAGAGGCGCAAAAUAUGAACUUCCCAAGUAUGUUUUGAGUGAGCCAACCAACUUAAUCCGAGACGGUUGAAAACAGGAAACCAAUUACAAUUAGCAGCAAUUGUGCACAGAUUGAAUGUAAAUCCUGUAUAUUAUUUCCUGUAAUACCUUUUAUAAAGGUGGGUCAUUUUGCUCCUAUCCAUUUGCACUUGGACUUCUAUUUGUUCUUCUGUAAAAUUCUGUUGUUAACUGAACAAGAGCACAUCAAUUGUUUGGAUUUAGUGGGGGAAAAUUCUUAUCCUAUAGAACUUACCUACCCAAGAGUUGAUUA